AUGGAUACCAGACCGGGCUCACAGGAGGAAUUGCUUCGAAUGAGGAAAAAUGGUGAGGAAGGAAAGAAGGGGGAAGACCAUGGAAAUGCCUUGAGCCGCAAGGAGGCGACCGAGGAGCUUAUCGGUUGCAUGGUCCAUAGUGAGGAGGAGGCAUACAAGCUGUACUGCGACUAUGGACAUCGAAUCGGUUUUAGUGUCCGGAAGGGCAAGCAGUCCUACUUCAUUGGUACCAGGGACAUCCGGACAAAAGAUUACUACUGCUCGAAGGAAGGGCUUAAAUACGACGAGCCUGUCACGGAAGCGAAUUUCAACCGGCCGGACACAAGAACGAAUUGCAAGGCGAUGGUUCGCUUUAGAGUCGAUGAGAAAGGGCGUUGGACCGUCAUACGCUUUGUUCCCCUGCACAAUCACCAGUUGGCUAAACCUGGGGAGAGGCAUCUGUUGAGAUCCGCAAAGUCAUUUGCUGUUGGAAAAUCAGGUGUUAUAGAUCCAGCAGAAUCUGCGGAAUCGCAUGCGAUGAAUGGUUCCUCUGAUAGGACUGUGGGUGAUAUUAGUGAGCCUCCAGGCUACACGACAAGGGAUUGCUACAAUCAUGACAACGUGCAGAAUAUAACGCUAAUUGGGGCAGGAGACAGCCAAAGUCUUGUGAGCUACUUCAAGCGUAGAACCAACGAGGAAGGAAUGUUUUAUUGGGAUGUCCAAGUUGAUCAAGAAGGCCGCAUGACUAACUUCUUCUUCAGGGAUGGUAAAAGUAGAAGUGAUUAUGACUGCUUUGGAGAUGCUGUUAUAUUUGACACAACCUACCGCACAAAUAAAUAUAGCCUGAUAUGUGCCCCUUUUGUUGGAGUUAACCACCAUUGGCACAAUGUUGUUUUUGGAUUUGCAUUCCUGUUAGAUGACUCCACAGCUUCCUAUGUUUGGCUAUUUAAAUCAUUUUUGGAGUCAAUGGGUGGCCAGUCGCCAAAAUCGAUUUUCACUGACCAGGAUGAGGCUAUUAUGCAGGCAGCCGAGCAGGUGUUUCCUAACACGCAGCAUUGCUUCUCCUACUGGCAUAUUCUGAAGAAUGCACAGUCUCAUUUAGGUACUGUAAAUACUUCUCAAGCAUUUCAAAAUAUGUUUAUGAAGUGCAUGCAAGGAUGUGACACAGAAAUGGAGCUUCAGGAAUCUUGGGAUGCUAUGCUUGAUGAAUACAAACUACAGGAUAAUGAUUGGCUUAAUGGCCUUUAUAAGUUUCAUAACAGAUGGUGCUCGGUAUUUAACGAAGAUACUUUUGAUGGUGGGAUCAACUCAUCCCAGUGGGGAGAGGUCUCAAACAAUAUCCUCACUGGAAUUGCUGAUGAAUCUACUUCUCUAACAAGAUUUUCUCUCUUGGUUGAAAAGGUUGUGAAAACACUACGUAGAAAUGAGUCGGAAGAGGAUUUUCGCUGCAGCCAAACUGCUCCAGUUCGUGCAAUCAAGCACAGUACAGUUUUGAAGCAGGCUGCCGAAUCUUAUACACAUAGGAUGUACAAAUUAUUUGAGGCUGAAUUUCUGGAUGGAUGUGGAGCUACUUCAUGUCAUGAAAAUUCCUGUGGUGGAAGCUUAUUAAGGUUUGAAAUAACAAUGCAGGGCAGGGGUUCAAAAAUGUGGACCGUUCUUCUUGAUACAUCCACAAUGGAAAUCUCUUGUGGUUGCAGAAAGUUUGAAAGGAUGGGCCUUCUUUGUUCUCAUGCUCUGAAAGCCUUCAGCCUGCAGAAUGUGGAUAUGGUUCCUGAAAAGUACAUCUUGAAACGCUGGACGAAAGAUGCCAGGAGAAGCAUGUAUAAUCUCAAUCAAGAAGAUUCAACACAACAAGAAUGUACUGAGGCUGAACUUGCGUAUCGCAAUCGCGCAAUGCAGUAUGCGUAUAACCUUGCAUUGAAGAGCCAGGAACUGGAAGAAGCAAGAAAGAUAUUCUGGGACUCCCUUGAAACAGGAGAGAAGGCACUUGAAGUGUUCUUCGAAAUGAGAAGUCUGCACGCCCAAUCUGCAAAAGAUGCCAGUACAAGGGAGAAGAAGAAGAAAAAAAUACCUAAAGGACCAAGCACCAAAAAAGCAAAGCAAGCCCUGGCAUCUUCCUCGGCUGCUCCAGUACUAACCGCCCAAACUAAUGAGCAGCAGUUUCAAUCUGCACAAGAUGCAAAUGGUAAUGCAACCAUUGGAAGAUCAUAUUACUAUCAGGUUUUUCCAACUCCUAUGCAACCAAACCAGAUCUUCAUGCAUCCGAAUACAAUGCCUGUUUGUGCACCACAGAUUUGUCAGCAUAUGCCGCGGUGCGUCCUAAUUCAAAUUUCGGUGGCGCGAAGAACAUCUAAAGGACACAAGGGUCUGCUAGAUGUGUUUCUUUACAAAUUUUCCUUGGAGAUGGCUGCUACCAAGUUACCAACCGCCGGGCGUGGAUCUUUUGUCAACCGUUAUAGAGGGAUCAUGGUUCCAGUGAUGCUGCUCUUGAGAGGAGUGGCUAUUCUGUCCUCUGCGAUUUCUUUUCUACCGAGGGUGGAGUCUAGGACUAAUUAG